GUGGGCACAGGUGGGUGGCACUGGUGGGCACAGGUGGGUGGCACUGGUGGGUGGGCACAGGUGGGUGGCACUGCUGGGCACAGGUGGGGGCACUGCUGGGCACAGGUGGGGGCACUGCUGGGCAUAGGUGGGGGCACUGCUGGGAACGGGUGGGCGGGGCUAGUGGGCGCACUGCUGGGCGGAACUUGCGGGUGUCACUGCUGGGCACCGAUCAUCAGGGCACUGAUCAUCAGUGCCCUGAUGAUCGGUGCCGAUCCCCGCUCUGACAACUGCCGGUUCUCGGCAGUACUUUCCUCACGAUCUGACAGCGUGAGGAAAGUGCAGCCGAGAACCGGCACUUGC